AGAAUAAGCAGCAGAAAAAGUAGCAGUUACACUGCCGGAUCAAAACAAGACAAAAAACAUAAGAAAAAUAAAAAUGGCGCACCGCACAGCACAGCACAGCACAUGACACGACUAAUCAACAACUUUUUGUAGUGUUUGCAUUACAUUUCACUCAGCUUUGAACACAGUACUGAGCACGGAACCAGUCGAAAGAAUCACGAAAAGGAUCCGUUUUCUUGAGACAAAGUGAGAUCUGUAGCUGCUAAAGGAAUUGAUGAAAUCUUAUUGUGUUCUGAGUUGAACGGUGAUUUUGUGUUGGAAGCAGGUGGAUUGAGUACGGAGCGUUGAACGGCGGAUCGUUUUGAGGAAUUAUGGCGGGAGAGUUUGAAGAAGCUUGUAGCAUUAGCUUUCAGACAGAUCUUUUGCGCUCUGGCUCUAUAUCAUUUGGAAGAUUUGAAAGUGAGGAGCUGUGUUGGGAGAGGCGAUCAUCUUUCUCACAUAAUAAGUAUCUUGAAGAGGCGGAAAAACACUCGAAACCAGGAUUAGUUACUGAGAAGAAAGCUUAUUUUGAAGCCCAUUUCAAGAAGAAGGGUAUGAGGCUACCUGGUUCUUAUGAGGGCCACACUGGAGUAGAAUACCACAAUGGUAACAAUGUUUCCGAAGAUGUGGGGCGCAAAGAUGAAGAUGAUAUUUAUGGAAGUAGUAUUUAUGACCAAUUUGAUGAGGGUAUGAUCGAGAAUGAGGAUUACAUCGAGUUUGAUGACAGUUAUGAAGGAGGUCAGUUUGAUAACUCGAACUAUAGCAGCAGCCAGUAUGGUCACUUUGAUGAUGAGAGCCCUGAAAUUUCGGAAUAUCAUGGGGAGUGUGAAAUGAUAGAAUGUGAAAGAGAAGAUCCUGGUGUUGCAUCAUCUCAGUCUCAGAUGGAAGCUGCUUUGAGCAGUGCUGAUGUUUUAUCAGAAGGUAUGCUUGAAAACAUUCUAGAAGAGGAGGCUGAAAUGGGAUUUGAACACAUUCACACGCCGCGGGCAGGAAUAAAAGAGAACCAUAAUGACAGUGUUGCUAAUGUGGAUGAAUCAUCUAUACCCAUUGACCCAUCACCAAAAAGUGAAGCAACCGGGACUGAUGAAACUGCUGCAGUAACUGAGCAAACUCUUUCUCCAAAGUUGGGAGCUGCUGCUGAAAGUAAAAGUGCCGAUGUCGGACUAAAGUCCCAAAUUUGUGGCAGUCAGGUCCAAAAAGGCAAUUGUGAUGAUGCACCGAAAACAGCUACAAAGAAACAGAAUAGAAAGGAAAAAGAGAGCCCACAGAUGAUGAAAUCAGAAAUGCAGUCACCUCAAGCUACAAUUCCAAGUAGACGUUUGCUGUCAAGAUCUUCUAAAGGAGAGGAUUCUGAAAGUUGUCAUUCAAGAUCAAGCCUUACUAAUAAAAGUGAAAAAGAUCAAAAUUCAAAGAAAGCAGUUGAUUCUAAACCUUCUGGAUCAAAGAAAGUUGAGCCUAGAGUACGCCAGAGCCCAAACAGAUAUAAGCAGAUUGUUACCUCAGCUAAGGAAGACACGAGGAGUAGUACUGCUUCUUUUAGUUUCAAGAGUGAUGAACGGGCAGAAAGGAGAAAAGAGUUCUACUUGAAGUUAGAAGAGAAAAUGCACGCUAAGGAGACGGAAAUGAAUCAGAUUCAAGCAAAAACACUAGAAAAGACGGAGGCCGAGAUGAAAAAAUUCCGGAAAAGCCUCAAUUUCAAAGCAGCGCCUAUGCCUUCUUUCUAUCAUACUGCUGCAUCUCCAGGUUCCACCAAAAACAAGGCUAUGUUAUCUAAACCUAAAGCAGCCAAAAUACAGCAAAAAUCAACAAGUACAGGUAAAGGAGCUAUUACAAAAUCUCCACUGCUUUCCAAGUCGGGAAAUAACCAAUCUGACGCUGGCGAACCUCUACCAACAAACCACAGUAACCACCCAGAAGCUGGCGUGAAUAAAGGUAUCAUUAGAAAGGAGGCCGAGAAGGGGAAGGGUUCUAAUUUACAAAAACGUCAACCGUCAGAGAGUGGUAAAUUGUUGAAAGGCCAGAGGGCUGAGGGGAAUCCAAAAAUGGGAAACCACAGAAAUAGUAGUGAGAUAAUGAGGAAAAGUAUUAAAGGUGUUGGAAUUGGCAGCAACUCCGGAAUGGGACGUGUAGCUGUUGGCGUAGCCUCCUAAAUCGAGUUACGUACUCAAUUGGUAAAAGAUGGAACUAUGAUUGCUUGCAUGUUUCCCACUGGUAUAUAAGAACAGAAGCGUAAAGGGAACAUUAACGAUCGAUGAGGUUGGGCAGCAUACAACAUAUGCUUUGGUAGCAGCACAAGCACCUAAUGUAAUUGCUCGACAAUGAUGCACGCAAAAGCAGCUGUACGGCGUAGUUAGAAUAGGUCAUAAUAAUGAUAGAAAUCAAUUCAUGAAUUUGAAUCUAUAUAGAUCGAAUACCUAACAGGACUUGAGCAUAGUGAACUAUUUGUCAAAUUGUCAUCCUAAAAUAACAGUGUAUUGCAUGUUGUACUAGUAAUACCUGCAAUGUAAAAUUUAUGUAACCAUAUUGUAUGAGUUAUUGAAAUAAACUAGCUUUAUUUGAA